AUGUCCAACAAUAAGGCCCCGGGUGGUGACGGUUUACCGGUGGAGAUAUACAGACGAUUUGCCUCAGUUAUGCUGCCCCAGUUGUUGGAGGUCUUCAAGGAGGCGAUGACACAGAAAAAACUGCCCUCCAGUAUGACUGAGGCGACGAUUGUAGUUCUUCCGAAGCUGGGCAAAGAUAUUCAGGAGGCCGAGUCUUAUAGACCGAUCUCACUACUUCAGGUGGACAUUAAAAUACUGGCUAUGGUCCUAGCUAAUCGUUUGAACCUGAUUAUAUCUAACCUUAUUCACCCAGACCAGGCUGGCUUUAUGCCAAAUAUGUCUACGGCGGUCAACAUCAGGCGCCUUUAUCUAAAUAUCCGGAGUCCGGGGCAUGCUUCGGAUGCGGCGGUCGCAUCUAUUGAUGCGGCCAAAGCAGUUGAUAGUGUAGAAUGGAAAUACUUGUGGAAGGUACUGCGGAAGCUAGGGUUUGGCCAAUCCUUUAUAGGCUGGAUUCAGCUCCUAUAUGACAAUCCAUCGGCUUGGAUUAGGCUGAAUGAUUCAAAGGAAGAGCCGUCUCUGCUGUGCACAGAGCAGGAAGGAGAAGAGUCGUCCGACUACAACACAGUGAUUGUAACCGGACAGAGGGAUCACCUGGAGUCAUCAGACCCUGGAGAAUUCAUCCUCAACGCCCCGCAGAGUUUAGCAGCUGAUGGCGGACACUGUCAGCUGAGCCUCCUGGCGGUAUGUGGGACUCUGCCUGAUGCCUCCUCGGGUGGAUGUUAUGGUAACUACAGUAGAGCGGCUCCUCAGGAGCCUCGGUUCUUUACUACAAGAGAACAGUACCAGCCAGUCAACCUGAAAAUGGCAGGCGCCUUUCCGACAAUGGCUCCCAUGCCGCGGCGCUCUACUCGGUGUGCAGCCUCCUGCAAACUGCCAGCAUUUGUAUGUGACACAGGACUGGAAGGAGAGCGACCGAAGACCAAAUGUCUUAGAGAAAGUUUUGAUGAGAUAGCAGAACCGAGCAAGAAGAAAAGUCGUACCCUAUACAAUAUCGAUCAGGUGCAGGAGCUGGAGCGAAUAUUUAUGGAGGACCAUUACCCGGACACUGAGAAGAGAAGAGAAAUUGCUGACAUUAUUGGGGUCACUCCACAGAGAAUAAUGGUUUGGUUUCAGAACCGACGAGCCAAAUGGCGCAAAAGCGAAAAAACCUCAGUUAAAGGUGGCAAGAAGACAUUCUCCGGCUCUGUGGGGAUGUCUCACCCGGAGAGCGUCCCACUCUCUUCAUCUGCACUUUCCCGGCCAGAAGCUGUUUCACUUGCAGUCACUUCUGGUCAUCACCCCUAUGGUCCACUAUCAGGCGUCAGAAAUGGGUUGUCUCUGGCGCCUAGCGCACUUCUUCAGCGGUCUCAGUCGGCGGCGAUCUCCUCUCAGCACAGUUCUUCUUGCACUUCAAACAGGUCCGGUCUGGGGUCACCAGGGGGCAUCUGCUUACCGCCCUCCCAGGAGUAUCCGCCCACAUUCCACAGCCCACCCCCGCUGAGGCGCAUAGGCCUACCCAUGUCUAUGACCUUUAACCCCAGCAGUCACAUGGUUCCUCUGAUGCUGGACACCCCAGAAAGCACCUGCACACCACCCCCAUCCUCCGAGGGCGACAUGUUCUCCUAUAAUAUUCAGGAGUAUGUGUGCAGGUCCCCGAUACCAGAGACGAUGUCGGCAUCUAUGAGAUAUGCUCCUCAGUACUUUCACCAAAUUAACCCACGAGGACCUUUCCAGAUGCCCCAGUACUCCCAGUACCAGCGUCUUCCAGUGCACAGCCUCACACCAACCUCUCCUGAUGACGCGGCUUUCCUCGCCGUAUCUACCAACAACACUGGCAUGCUGGCGUACGGAAACCCAGGAGGCUACCUGCAGGGGCGUCCGGCCGGCCAUAUCAUGUUCCAGUCAGGCACAGGUGGACUUGCCUUUCACCCCUCUCCAUGGAAUGAUAUGUACAUACAAGGUGCUCCAUAUACCUGCUCUCGACCCCAGACGGGAAAUGUCCGUGGCAUACCGGAGCAGCCCCAGUACCCCCAGUAUAAAUCGUGUGUUCUGCAAUACCCUCAGAAGCCGACACCAGCAAACCAGGAGGAAAUCGAGACAGCUGAAGAUGCUGAAAAUGAGACGCAUGGUAUUCACAAUAUUUACUCCUAUGGUUCUCUGGAGAAAGUGAAUGUGGGCUGUGUAAGACUGUGA